ACACUGACUCUCCCAGCAUUAAACGCCCUGGACAAUUACUAGCAGCAUCUGUCCAGGCUCCCGCAGCACAUAUUGCCUGUAGCUGCCCACAGGACACCCCAAGAGGCACUUCUAGCCCAGACGAGGCCCGCACAUCCAGAAGACAGCUCCAAGCACCCAGAGGAGCUACACAGAGAUAUGAGUGGUUGCUGAGACCCGGCAGACACACGAUGCAGAGCAUUAAGUGCGUGGUGGUGGGAGAUGGCGCCGUGGGGAAGACCUGCCUCCUCAUCUGCUACACCACCAACGCUUUCCCCAAGGAGUACAUCCCCACGGUGUUUGACAAUUACAGCGCUCAGAGCACAGUGGACGGGAGAACUGUUAGCUUAAACCUGUGGGACACGGCGGGCCAGGAGGAGUACGACCGGCUACGGACACUUUCCUACCCCCAGACUAACGUCUUUAUCAUCUGCUUCUCCAUCUCUAGUCCUCCGUCCUAUGAAAACGUAAAGCACAAGUGGUACCCGGAGGUGAGCCACCACUGCCCGAAUGUGCCCAUCCUCCUGGUGGGGACUAAGAAGGAUCUCCGGAAUAACCCUGAAGCCAUCAAAAAGCUGAAGGAGCAGAACCUUUCCCUGAUCACCCACCAGCAGGGCGUCAGCCUGUCCAAGCACAUCCACGCCGUCAAGUACAUGGAAUGCUCGGCUUUGAACCAUGACGGCAUCAAGGAGGUCUUUAUGGAGUCAGUGAAAGCUGUUCUUGACCCAACCCCGGUCAAGAAGAAGAGUCCAUGCUUCAUAUUGUGAGUAGGGAAUGCCUCCAGGGGAAGGCCCUCACAACGUCCUUCCUAGGCCUUACAAUCUCCCCUUUCAAAGUGCUGAAGACUAUUUGCAGUCCCCUCAACCAAUAAAUAAAGUAUGUGUAUUCUGUAGUAUGGAAACUUAGACCCAAGAUUCAGGAUAGGAGACCUCAGUUUAGUGACGUUCAGCAAAAGCUCGGACAGUUGCUCGGUCACCUUGUGUUGGACGCAACCACCGUACCUCUAUCCACGACUACACCAGGAGGCCAGGAAAGCAGCGACUGUGUGUUCUCCAUGGUCAGGUUGUGUCAGGAUCCUGCAGUAAAGCUCGCUGACGGUGUUGUACAAAUCAUUAUUAUUGUUAUGGACAAACAGUUAUUAUUCAGACUUACCAUGCGGGAUGUUAGCUUGUGCCAGUCCCCGGCUGUCUUUUUGCAAGACGUCCGAGUAGUUGGAUUUGUAGCGGAAAUGAGCGGUCAGUAAAUUCCUGCCGUAUGCACCUCGGCUUCAUGGGAAACACAAGCGAUAGGUCAGAAUACCUGCGCUGAGAGUCUAAGCAUUUUCAGGUCAUACCCAAUAACUAAUAAAUAUGUCCCAUAAUGUUACAACUGGGAAACUGGAAUCAAGAAAAUAAAUAUACAGUAAGCACCGAAUAUCUAAUAUUACAAUCAGUGGCGUAACCAGAACUUUGGGGGCCCAGUAGCAACAUAUUGAAGGGGCCCCUGUCGUCUCGGCAAGAGUAAUUAAUAUCCUGAACCAUAGUAGUGCCCUAGUUUAUAUUAUUCCCCAUAGUAGUGCCCUAGUUUAUAUUAUUCCCCAUAGUAGUGCCCUAGAUUAUAUUAUUCCCCAUAGUAGUGCCCUAGUUUAUGUUAUUCCCCAUAGUAGUGCCCUAGAUUAUAUUAUUCCCCAUAGUAGUGCCCUAGUUUAUGUUAUUCCCCAUAGUAGUGCCCUAGAUUAUAUUAUUCCCCAUAGUAGUGCCCUAGUUUAUAUUAUUCCCCAUAGUAGUGCCCUAGAUUAUAUUAUUCCCCAUAGUAGUGCCCUAGUUUAUAUUAUUCCCCAUAGUAGUGCCCUAGAUUAUAUUAUUCCCCAUAGUAGUGCCCUAGUUUAUAUUAUUCCCCAUAGUAGUGCCCUAGUUUAUUUUCUGAAUCAUCGUGUUCCCUAGUUACAUGAUGUCACACUGUAGGGCUGCCAGUGCACACUAUGCCACACAGUGCCCCAGUUCAUAUUAUGCAACAUGAUAGUGCCCUCCAGUUCAAAUGAUGCCACACAGUGCCCCAGUUCAUAUUAUACCACACUAUAGUGUCUCCAUUUCAUAUUGUGCAACACUACAGUGCCCCAGUGCUCAUUAUGUAACAUUAUACUGCCCUCCACGUUACAAAGAGCAGAGCAGAUUAUGACACAUUACAUUUGCCUCCAGUUCAUACUGUGCCACAUUACAGUGCCCUCCAGUUCAUACUGUGCCGCAUUACAGUGCCAUCCAGUUCAUACUGUGCCACAUUACAGUGCCCUCCAGUUCAUACUGUGCCACAUUACAGUGCCCUCCAGUUAAUAGAGUGCCACAUUACAGUGCCCUCCGGUUCAUACUGUGCCACAUUACAGUGCCCUCCAGUUCAUACUGUGCAACAUUACAGUGCCCUCCGGUUCAUACUGUGCCACAUUACAGUGCCCUCCAGUUCAUACUGUGCCACAUUACAGUGCCCUCUAGUUCAUACUGUGCCACAUUACAGUGCCCUCCAGUUCAUACUGUGCCACAUUACAGUGCCCUCUAGUUCAUACUGUGCCACAUUACAGUGCCCUCCAGUUCAUACUGUGCCACAUUACAGUGACCUCCAGUUCAUACUGUGCCACAUUACAGUGCCCUCCAGUUCAUACUGUGCCACAUUACAGUGCCCUCCAGUUCAUUCUGUGCAGCAUUACAUUUGCCUCCAGUUCAUACUGUGCCACAUUACAGUGCCCUCCAGUUCAUACUGUGCAGCAUUACAUUUGCCUCCAGUUCAUACUGUGCAGCAUUACAGUGCCCUCCAGUUCAUACUGUGCCACAUUACAGUGCCCUCCAGUUCAUACUGUGCCACAUUACAGUGCCCUCCAGUUCAUACUGUGCCACAUUACAGUGCCCUCCAGUUCAUACUGUUCCACAUCACAGUGCCCUCCAGUUCAUACUGUGCCACAUUACAGUGCCCUCCAGUUCAUACUGUGCAGCAUUACAUUUGCCUCCAGUUCAUACUGAGCAGCAUUACAGUGCCCUCCAGUUCAUACUGUGCCACAUUACAGUGCCCUCCAGUUCAUAGUGUGCCACAUUACAGCGCCCUCCAAUUCAUACUGUGCCACAUUACAGCGCCCUCCGGUUCAUACUGUGCCACAUUACAUCGCCCUCCAGUUCAUACUGUGCCACAUUACAGUACCCUCCAAUUCAUACUGUGCCACAUUACAGCGCCCUCCAGUUCAUACUGUGCCACAUUACAGUGCCCUCCAGUUCAUAUUGUACCACAUUACAGUGCCCUCCAGAUCAUACUGUGCCACAUUACAGCGCCCUCCAGUUCAUACUGUGCCACAUUACAGUGCCCUCCAGUUCAUACUGUGCCACAUUACAGUGCCCUCCAGUUCAUAUUGUGCCACAUUACAGUGCCCUCCAGUUCAUACUGUGCCACAUUACAGUGCCCUCCAGUUCAUACUGUGCCACAUUACAGUCCCCUCCAGUUCAUAUUGUGCCACAUUACAGUGCCCUCCAGUUCAUACUGUGCAGCAUUACAUUUGCCUCCAGUUCAUACUGUGCAGCAUUACAGUGCCCUCCAGUUCAUACUGUGCCACAUUACAGUGCCCUCCAGUUCAUAGUGUGCCACAUUACAGCGCCCUCCAAUUCAUACUGUGCCACAUUACAGCGCCCUCCGGUUCAUACUGUGCCACAUUACAGCGCCCUCCAGUUCAUACUGUGCCACAUUACAGUACCCUCCAAUUCAUACUGUGCCACAUUACAGCGCCCUCCAGUUCAUACUGUGCCACAUUACAGUGCCCUCCAGUUCAUAUUGUACCACAUUACAGUGCCCUCCAGAUCAUACUGUGCCACAUUACAGCGCCCUCCAGUUCAUACUGUGCCACAUUACAGUGCCCUCCAGUUCAUACUGUGCCACAUUACAGUGCCCUCCAGUUCAUAUUGUGCCACAUUACAGUGCCCUCCAGUUCAUACUGUGCCACAUUACAGUGCCCUCCAGUUCAUACUGUGCCACAUUACAGUCCCCUCCAGUUCAUAUUGUGCCACAUUACAGUGCCCUCCAGUUCAUAUUGUGCCACAUUACAGUGCCCUCCAAUUCAUACUGUGCCACAUUACAGCGCCCUCCAGUUCAUACUGUGCCACAUUACAGCGCCCUCCAGUUCAUACUGUGCCACAUUACAGUGCCCUCCAGUUCAUACUGUGCAGCAUUACAGUGCCCUCCAGUUCAUACUGUGCAGCAUUACAGUGCCCUCCAGUUCAUACAGUGCCACAUUACAGUGCCCUCCAGUUCAUACUGUGCCACAUUACAGUGCCCUCCAGUUCAUACUGUGCCACAUUACAGUGCCCUCCAGUUCAUACUGUGCCACAUUACAGUGCCCUCCAGUUCAUACUGUACAGCAUUACAGUGCCCUCCAGUUCAUACGGUGCAGCAUUACAGUGCCCUCCAGUUCAUACUGUGCCACAUUACAUUGUCCUCCAGUUCAUAUUGUGCCACAUUACAGCGCCCUCCAGUUCAUACUGUGCCACAAUACAGUGUCCUCCAGUUCAUGCUGUGCCACAAUACAGUGCCCACUUACCAUCUUAACAUCCACCACACACUCUUCUCACUGACAAUAUAAUGUCACACAAUUUAGGCUGGGCAACUUUAUAACCUGGGUCCAGGCCCCUCUAAGCCUCUGGGCCCCAUAGCAAUGGCACCCCCUGCGCCCACUCUUACGCCCAUGAUUACAGCAUAUGGAAGAGUAAUAUAUGGAGAGACAACACCGGAUGUACAGCAAAGAGCACGGCGGCCUUAUUCAGUCUGUGCGCAUUGUGCAUCUCUUUCCACACGCAACAUGGACCUGCGACUCUGUUGGGGCACCUAGAUGCGGACAAAGAACAGGGUGUGGCGGGCGACCUGACUUGUGGAAGCACCUGUGUACAUUGUGACCUGAUGAUGGAGGCAGCUGCGUCUGACUGGACAAGAACAACUAAAACCCAUCUAUACAAACACAGUGAAAGUGCUGCAGCGGUGUAUGCCCGGUCACAUUACUCUGCACUGAAGGGGGCGGCUGCCCUUAUGUGUAUUAGUCUUGAUAUUUGCUUCCAUUUCCACCCAGCGUUUCCCAUGCUGCCAGCCACGUGGGCGCUUAUUAUCUGCACUGUACGCCCAUUAAACGUAAUGUGUAUACAAUGA